UCGCGCUCACCGGCUCCGUGCUUUGGUUAUCCACAAGAAGGCGUCGAUCGUUGAGGAGGCGUUUAGGGAUUUCUCUGCAUGAGUGGAAUAGAUUUGGGAAUAGACGUUUGGAUCGUGGUGCCCUUGGAAGAAAUAACGGGGGAAAGCGCAGGACAGAGCGAACUCGUGCCUUUUUCUCACUUGUGUUGAGGAUAUUGAGAUUUCAGGAUGCCAGUUUUCCACACCAAGACGAUAGAGAGUAUCCUGGAGCCUGUGGCUCAGCAGAUAUCCCACUUGGUUAUCAUGCACGAGGAGGGCGAAGUUGAUGGGAAAGCGAUCCCAGAUCUCACCAGCCCAGUGGCGGCAGUGCAAGCGGCUGUCAGCAACCUCGUGCGGGUGGGGAAAGAGACGGUACAGACCACAGAAGACAAGAUUAUGAAGAGAGACAUGCCUCCAGCCUUCAUUAAGGUGGAGAAUGCCAGUGCAAAGCUGGUGGAAGCAGCUCGGAUGCUGAGGACAGACCCGUACUCUGUCCCGGCCCGUGAUUAUCUCAUCGAUGGAUCGCGGGGCAUCCUCUCAGGCACUUCAGACCUGCUUCUGACCUUUGACGAGGCAGAGGUGCGUAAAAUUAUCCGAGUGUGUAAAGGCAUUCUGGAGUACCUGACCGUUGCUGAGGUUGUGGAAACCAUGGAGGAUUUGAUCACUUACACUAAAAAUCUGGGACCAGGCAUGACAAAAAUGGCAAAGAUGAUUGACGAGCGGCAACAGGAGCUAACACACCAGGAGCACCGUGUGAUGCUGGUCACCUCUAUGAACACAGUGAAGGAACUGCUGCCCGUGCUUAUAUCAGCCAUUAAAAUCUUUGUGACAACCAAGUGCACCAAGAGUCAUGGUGUGGAGGAGGCCUUGAAGAACAGAAACUACACGUUUGAGAAGAUGAGCGCUGAGAUCAACGAGAUAAUCAGAGUGCUGCAACUCACUUCAUGGGACGAGGAUGCCUGGGCCAACAAAAAGGACACAGAGGCCAUGAGGAGAGCACUAGCACUGAUCGAGUCAAAGAUGGGUCAGGCUAAAGGCUGGCUGAGGGACCCUAACGGUCUACCAGGAGAUCCGGGAGAGCAUGCGCUGCGUCACAUACUGGAUGAAGCAGGAAAAGUGGGUGAGCUUUGUGCGGGGAAAGAGAGACGAGAGAUCCUGGGAACAGCCAAGACCUUGGGCCAGAUGACGGAUCAGGUGUCAGAUGUGCGCGCCAGAGGUCAGGGUGCCACUCCUAUGGGUAUGCAGAAAGCUCAGCAGGUGGGCCAAGGUUUGGAUAUUCUGGUGGGCAAAGUGGAGAACGCUGCUCGGAAACUGGAGGCCCUGACCAAUGCCAAACAGGCCAUUGCCAAAAGAAUCGACACGGCCCAGAGCUGGCUGGCUGAUCCGAAUGGUGGUCCGGAGGGGGAGGAGAACAUCCGUGCUCUUCUGGCGGAGGCCAAGCGCAUCGCUGACCUGUGUGAAGAUCCUAAAGAGAGAGACGACAUUCUGCGCUCCAUCAGCGAGGUCGCAGGACUCACUGCGAGACUGGUUGAACUUCGGAAAAUGGGUAAAGGGGAUACUCCUGAGGCUAGAGUGCUGGCCAAACAGAUUGGCACAGCUUUGCAGAACUUGCAGGCAAAGACUAACCGUGCCGUGGCCAACAUGAGACCUGCCAAGGCCGCUGUUACACUAGAGGGCAAAAUGGAGCAGGCCUUGCACUGGAUCAACAACCCUGGAGUGGACGAUCAUGGAGUAGGCCAGGCUGCCAUACGGGGGCUGAUAGCGGAAGGCCGCCGGCUGGCGAACUCUCUACCAGGGCCGUACAGACAGGAUCUGCUAGCAAAGUGUGAGCGAGUGGAGCAGCUGAUGAUGCAGUUGGCAGAUCUUGCGGUGCGGGGAGAGGGAGAGAGUCCUCAGGCGCGCGCUGUGGCUGCUCUUCUUCUGGAGGCAAUUAAAGAUCUGAAGGCGAAGAUGCAGGAAGCUAUGACCCAGGAGGUGUCUGAUGUUUUCAGUGAUACAACCACACCAAUUAAACUCCUGGCUGUGGCAGCAACGGCGCCUCUUGAGGCCCCAAACAGAGAGGAGGUCUUUGAAGAAAGGGCGUCUAACUUUGAGAAUCAUGCCAGUAGACUGGGUGCUACAGCCGAGAAGGCCGCUGCUGUGGGGACAGCCAAUAAGAGCACAGUUGAGGGCAUCCAGGCGGCUGUGAAAUCAGCCAGAGAUCUAACACCUCAGGUCACUUCUGCUGCACGCAUUUUGCUGAAGAACCCUGGCAACCAGGCUGCAUAUGAACACUUUGAGACCAUGAAGAACCAAUGGAUUGACAACAUUGAAAAAAUGACCAGUCUUGUGGAUGAAGCCAUUGACACAAAAUCCCUCUUGGAUGCAUCAGAGGAGGCCAUUAAGAAAGACAUUGAUAAAUGCCGGGUGGCAAUGGCUAACGUUCAGCCCCAGAUGUUGGUUGCAGGGGCCACCAGCAUCGCCCGGCGGGCUAACCGGGUCCUUCUGGUGGCCAAACGGGAAGUGGAGAACUCAGAGGACCCGAAAUUCAGAGAACUGGUCAAAGCUGCUUCAGAUGAACUUGGUAGAACAAUCUCACCCAUGGUUAUGGCUGCUAAAGCCGUGGCAGGAAACAUCCAGGAUCCAGGUUCACAAAAGAGCUUCUUGGACUCUGGCUACAGGAUCUUGGCUGCUGUUGGGAAAGUCAGGGAAGCCUUCCAGCCUCAGGAGCCUGACUUUCCACCUCCACCUCCAGACCUUGAUCAGCUGCAUGUCAGUGAUGAUCAGGCUCCUCCCAAACCGCCCCUCCCAGAGGGAGAGGUUCCUCCCCCGAGACCUCCACCCCCAGAGGAGAAAGAUGAGGAGUUCCCGGAGCAGAAAGCCGGCGAGAUGGUGAGCGAGCCGAUGAUGGUGGCUGCCAGGCAGCUACACGACGAGGCCCGUAAAUGGUCCAGUAAGCUUCCCCAGCCUGAAGUGACAGACGAGGGUUUUGAGGCCGCUGAGGCGGAAGUAGAUAUAGACGAUGAGGAUGAAUUCACAGACAACGAGGAUGAUUUUGAGCCAGAGCUGCUCUUAAUGUCUUCCAAUCAGACAGUUAACCAGCCCAUUUUGGCCGCUGCGCAGUCUUUGCACCAGGAGGCUCGCAAGUGGUCCAGUAAGGGUAAUGACAUCAUUGGAGCGGCUAAGCGCAUGGCCCUGCUCAUGGCAGAAAUGUCUCGUCUAGUGCGUGGAGGCAGUGGGAAUAAACGUGCCCUCAUUCAGUGCGCUAAGGACAUCGCCAAGGCCUCCGAUGAGGUCACACGGCUGGCUAAAGAGGUAGCCAAGCAAUGCACCGACAAACGGAUUCGCACAAACCUCUUGCAGGUUUGUGAGCGUAUCCCAACUAUUAGCACUCAGCUGAAGAUCCUGUCCACGGUAAAGGCCACUAUGCUGGGACGUACAAACAUCAGUGAGGAAGAAUCUGAGCAGGCCACCGAGAUGCUUGUGCACAACGCGCAGAACCUCAUGCAGUCCGUGAAGGAGACGGUCAGAGAAGCAGAAGCUGCCUCUAUCAAGAUCCGCACAGACGCAGGGUUCACUCUUCGCUGGGUCCGAAAGACCCCCUGGUACCAGUAAACUGAGGACUAGUUGAUUUCCAUUAGCAAUUUGCAUUCUUGCCUUUUCAAACGUUGUGAGAUCUGAUAAGGGGUGGCAGGUGGAGAGAAAGCACCCUGUCUGAUUCUUAAACUUUUGAACAUCAGUGUUUGGCUCAAGUUUCGGGGUGAUUGGUAUUACUUCUUUUUAUUUACUUGCUGGUAUGGGUACUUGGUACACCUCCGCUGCUCCUUACGGAGGCUAUUUUUGUCCUGAAAGUUUGCUGUUGUUACCUUUAUCUCACACUACUGGGGUAUAGUGUAGGAGUAUACAGGAAGCAAAUUUUUAAAUAUAUAUUUUUGGUAU